CACUUAUACUAUUGAAGUUUUGUUAAUUUAAUUUACACAUUAUUUGUUACAUAUCUAAGACAUCUUAGAUAUUUUUUGUGUGGCAGGGUAACCUUCUUUUGCUAAUGUGCUGAAGCCAGGAAUGGGACCUGUGCACUCAACUUGCCUACACGCUUGGUGAUGGGUGAUGGUCAGUGAUGAAUAAGGACAUUGGUAUGAAAAGUAUGUUGAAAAAGUAUGUAAAGCCUUCCUGUCAAAAUAUGACUACAAUAGUUUCCUUUUUAAUCAUUGCAGUAAAUACAGAGAUUUUUCAAUUUAUGCAUGUUUAGAAUAUGCAAUUUUGGAGUAACACAAGUUAAAAGACAUAGUGAAUUUUUCAUGUUAUUCAGAUUAUUUAGGAUAACACAAUGUCAAGAAAAUCAAGUUGCACUGCUGGUUUAGUUCUGUGAUACAGCUACCAGAUGUCACCAGGUGUUCCCCUUGUCUACCACUAACGUGCUGUUCCUUCACAUGGUGCUUCAGGCUCAUUGUUACUAGUGAAAUUUCAGUGAAUAGCAGCAUUGAAAGAUAACAAAAUGUCUCCUCGAGCUUGUUUGCCACUCAGUGUGAAACUAAAACUCUUGGCUGAUCAAGAGAAAGGAUUUGGUCCCAAGAUUUUAAUGAAAAAGUACAACAUAAAGAAAUCAACAUAUUAUCGAGUACUUAGUGAGAAGGAAACAAUUAGAAAUUUUGCCCGCAGAAGUGAGUUUAAAAAUAAGCUAGAAACAGAUGAAGAAGAGGAAGAUGAUCACCCUGGAAAUGUUGAGAAAGAAGUAAAACAAGAAAUUAAAGAGGAAGAAUGCCAACAGGAAAGGCAGUGUGAUACACCACAGUCUCUUGAAGGUGUUAACGAGGCAGUGAUGCAGUGGUACAGUGAAAAGGAGGCAGAGGGUGUGGAAGUGAACAAAGCAGAUAUUGAUGAAGCUGCUGAACAGCUGGCACAGAAGUUGGGCUUCACAGACUUCAAACUGAAUAGCAGUGGCUGGCCACUCAGAUUUAGGAAGGCCCAGACUAUUGUCAAGACAUCGAACACUGAAAAUGUGAAUGAUGAGGAGAGAGAGACGUCUAAGCCAAGAGUGAGGAAAGACCUCAGAAUACAAGAUCAAAUAACAGCUUUUCAGCGACUUCAAGCUGGAGAGACUGCACAACAUAUUGCUGAAGAUCUAGGUGUGAGCAAGUCAACUAUUUUCAGGGUAAAAAAGAGACUUAAAGACACUCUUUUUACACCGUCAUUGGAUCCAAAAUAUCAGAUUAGGGUUGAAAGCCUGAAAAACAAAAAAAAGAAUGACAGUAUCGUGAAAGAAAAAUUAGAAUUUUGUAAUGAUGAUGGCAAUGUGUCAGGUAGUUCGCAUGAGUCUGAUAGUAAUAGGGAAUCUGUAUGGGCCUCCAUAGAAGAAAGGAAAAGGCUGAGAAGAAUUAAAAAUGGAAUGUCAAAUAAAGAAAGGGGUCUCAAUCUGGAAGAAAAAAAAGAGGCCAUUGCUCAGUAUAAAUCAGGAAUCACAGUAAAAGAAAUUGCACGUAACUUUUGUGUGAGUAUUUCAACUAUCCAACGUGUGAAGAAGAAGUUUUCAAAAUCCCACAAAUUAGCAAUGAAGAAUUAUCUCAAACUUGAAGAGAAAGUCAACAUUCUGGAAAGACUUGAUGAAGGUGAAAGCAUAGCAGAAAUUGCAGAUGAAUUCAAAGUAAAUGAGAAAACUGUUAGAAGUAUUAAGAAGAAUAAAUUAAAAAUCAUGAAUGUCUAUAAGGUUAGUCUAAGCUCGAUAGGAGUGCCUUCAUCUUCACCUUCGAAGAAAGAAACUAUGAAUGAGAAAAUAGAGAAAAGACUAUUGAUCUGGAUUAAUGACAUGAAGCAGAAGAAGAUCCCAUUGAGCAGUGCUGCCAUCCAGAAAAAGGCACUUAUUAUCCAGAUGAACAUAGCACAGGAGGAAGGGAGCUCCUCCUCUCAGACCUUUGCUCCCACUAGUGACUGGCUGGACACUUUUAAGAGACGACACAACGUCCAGCAAAUCCUAGAUGAAGACAGUGAGUCAGAAAGUGAUUCAUAUGAUGAGAUAUACUGCAAGGCAGGUCCAAAGUCAAUGAAGAGACGCAUUAUAGAACAAAAAAAAAGUCGUUCAUUUAAUUCUACACAGCACACCUCUACACCCCCUGAAGUGGGCAUGAAGCUGAGCGAGUUUGCUGCUGGGCUGCGAGAAAUGUACCUGGACAGCAGCCUGCCUCCAGACCCCUACAGGUGUAACGUCUUCACCCCAAGAGUCCUUCUCGCACGUUCAGAAGUUAUUAAAAAGUAUACCACACCAGAUGUUGUGAAAAAUGAACCUGUAAGUGAAGAGGAGACAUGGUUAGCUGCACACACUAAUCCAUGCACUGAUUCAGAGUGGGAAGAAGAGAACUGGGAUACACGUUCCCUUACAGAAGUCAGUAAUUCAAAAGAUAGCAUAAGGAAAAAGAGGAAGAAAACAAACAGUGAAUAUAACAAGAAGAGGAGAAGAUUGUCAGAUGGAGAUGAUAGUGAUGAUGACAAAUCAGAUGUAGAUUACAGUAGAAACAAUUUUGUUAGUGUUCCUAUAAAGGAAGAACCACAGAGUUCGUUAGAUUCAGUUCAUUCCAGUGUUCCAAUGGCAGUAUUACCUGCUGGCAGUGGGUAUGUUCCUCCACUCCCCAUGUUCCAGAUGCAAGCAGGUGGAUUGACUGUUUAUAUGCCUGAGUCCCAGCAAAUGAUGAUGCAGCAUCCUAUUAACUACCCACAUAACAACUCUAGUGAAUUAUUUAUGAACCAACAGGAGAUAAGAGGUCGGACUCUUACAAGUAGCCCCUCAUGUCAGUUUAGUGAUAUUCAAAGUGAAGCAAAUGUUGAACCAGAUAUAGGGCAAGAUAAUGAAAAUAUGAUUGUGAUGCCCUUUGGAAGAGACCUGUGUGAACCAGAAAAAUCCAGACAGUUGCCUUUAUCUCACCCAGACACAGUUGUAUGUGAUUCCCUAGAGAAAACUAAAAGGGACAGAGCAGCAGCUAUUGCAGAAAGUAUUGGAAAUACAGUAGAGGGAUCAUCUAAUAAGAUGCUUAGUGUUUUGACAUUUAAGUUAUUAGAAUUAAAUAACAAAAACCUAAUUUGUGAUGAAAGAAUUGACAAAGCAAGAGAAGAUUAUGAAAAGACAGUAGCUCAUAUUGAAGCAGAGAAAAAGAUAAAUGACAAGGAGAUUGAUAAAGUUCUGGCUGCUAUUCAGGAGUGGAAGGAAGCAAAGAGUCACUCAAGUACUUAGAAGCUACAAAAGAUGGGAGUUGUGUAAUCAAAUUAUAUCUUGAAUCUUUAUCAUAACAUUCUUUAGAAACAUCCUGAGACUUUGUUUGAUAAUAUUUCUUAUGUUCAAUGGAAAUAGUUCAUUCAGUUGUGAAUUAUCUUUCCAGGUGGCAUUGUGGAGAUAAAGUUAACAAGGACUUGAGUACACACACACA